GACAGCGCCUUCCCCAACCUGGAGAGUGCCCUGACAGGGGCCCCAUCCACCUUGGUGCUUCCAGCUGUGCAGGGCAUGGCUGCUGCAGGCGUCCUGGGGCUUCUGAAGGAGAAGCUGGGGCUGAGCCCCCUACACGUGGAGCCAGGUACCCUGCGGGAGCUGCGCCUCAACGCCAGCGUGCCCACCCUGCGGUACUGGCUGGCUGAGUUGGGGAGACGCAGGCUGGAUGCCGGGGCAUGGGCAUGGGCCUGCCAUGGGGGUGGCAAGGGUGUGAUGCCUCCCAGUGACAUUCUGCUCUUUGUCCUUAGCUCCAGCCUCAUGGCCCCGAAGGAGGCGCUGACAAGUAAUGAUGAGAUCAUCGGGCAGGUGCUGAGUGCCCUGAAGGAUGAGGACGUGCCCUACACGGCAUUGCUGACAGCCGGGGGCCCGUCACGGGUUCUCCGGGAUGUCACUGCGGUGGCCCCUGAGGGGGUGGGCCGCCAGCUGCUGCAGAAGGCCAGCACAGUGCCAGAGCAGCCCCCGCCAGUGCUGUACCCCCAGACCGGCGUGCCCCAGAUCCUCUUCUGGGCCCGCAACUUCUCAGUGGGUCAGGGCAGCAAGUGGGUGGACCUGACGCCCUUGACAUUCGGGACAGAGGCUUCUGUGGAUGUGAGCAGCUCAUUCUGGAACUCCACUGACUCCCGGCUGGUACUGAAGUAUGACAAUGUUCUGGGGGCUCCUCUGACUGUCACGUUCCACAUGACCAGCCGGUGGUUCCCUGUCUCGGGCCGGGAUUGGUUCCAGCUGAAUCACCUGGAGCUGGCAGUGCCCUCAGUCCAGUCCACCAUGUUCAACGCCUCACAGGUGACGGCCCCUCGCAACUACUCCUGGCGCUGCGCCCACCUCAGCAGCCUGUCUGCCUUUGGCGCUGGCCUGGUGCCCUUCCGCCUCAGCCCUGCCUGGGGGGUGUUGCUGCAGGAUGUGCAGGUACCAGCGUUCAACGUGACAGGCCUGCGGUUCUCCUCUGCCAACGACUGCGCUGGGUUCUUUGCGCCAGGCACCUGGAUGGGGCUGCUCACGGCCCUGCUGCUUGGGGCUGGCUUGGCCUGUGGCCUGCACGUGCUGCUGGGCCUCCGCACCAUGGACCGCUUUGAUGACCCAAAGGGGACGCCCCUGGCCGUGCCCCAGGGCGAGUAG